AUGUCGUCCAUGCGCAACGCCGUCCAAAGACGGCAACACCGCGAACGAGGCCAACUCCAAGGCCGCGAAAAAUGGGGUAUUCUCGAAAAACACAAAGACUACACCCUCCGCGCCCAAGACUACAACGCCAAAAAGACCAAAAUCAAGCGUCUGCAGGAACUCGCGUCGGCGCGCAACCCGGAUGAAUUCGCCUUCGGGAUGAUGGCGGCGGAGAGCCGCGUGCGCGGGAAGCACGGGGCCGGGGCGCGCGACUCGGCUGCGAAGCGCGGGCUGGGCCAUGACGCGAUCAAGCUGCUGAAGACGCAGGAUGCGGGGUAUCUGCGGACGACGGCGGAGCGGGUGAGGCGGGAGAUGGAGAAGGUGGAGGGGGAGGUGCGGUUGCAGGAGGGGAUGAGGGAGGUUCUUGGGGAGGGGGAGAAGGGUGGGAGUGAAGAUGGCGACUCCGAGGAGGAUUAUGAUGAUGAGUUUGGUGGGUUUGACUUUGGGGAUGAGGAGGGGGGCAGCAGCGGCAAAAAGAAGAAGCAGAGUGGGAAUGGGAGGCGGAAGUUGGUCUUUGCGGAUGACCAGCGGGAGCAGCGGGUGCUGAAGAAGCGGAGGCUGAGGGAGAACGAGCGGGAUGAGGCUGGGGAUGAUACCGAUGGACAGGAACAAGGGCAGAAGACGGCGCAGAGGAAGACGCCGAAACAGCUCGAGGCCGAGCGGCAGGCGCUCGUCGAGGCCCGGCGCGCCCGCAAGAUGAAGAAACGCGCCGCCGAGGCCCGCGAGAACAAGCUCCAGGCGCUCCGGAAGCAGUUUGCCGACCUCACGGCUGCCGAGCGCGAGCUGGACUGGCAGCGAGGCCGCAUGGAUAACUCCGUCGGAGGGACAAACAAGCACGGGAUCAAGUGGAAGAUCCGCGAGCGCAAGAAGUGA